AUGGCCUCUACAUCAGAUGACCUUGGGUACCUCAUCUGUGUUCUUCCAAACUUUUCUACAUCUAUUGUAGAAGAAAUAUUUGAUAAAAAUUCUGCCUUUGAAGAUUGGGUGAAAGAAAACCCUUCCCACUACGCCAACUUCAUCCCCAACCACACCUACAUCCCCAUUCCCACGGCAUCAGAUCCAAGCGAAAGCAAUGAGUGCCUCGAAGAAUUCUAUAAUGCUACUAUUUUUGAUAAGUCUUUAUUCUUUUUCUUUAUUUUCUUGACACACUUUUGGCUUCCUAACCACCUCAGCAAACAAGAUGCUUGUAGUAGUAGUCCUUUGGAUGAACACCAUGAUACCAACCAUUGCAGUAGUAGUCCUCGGAUGAACAUCAUUGGCUUGGGUUCUCAUGCGAGACGAAGCAGUGAUGACUUACAAAAUUCCUCACAGUUUGUUACUGUUCUUGAUGGUCUUAUUACUUUUAUCUACUUUCUCCACUCUUCGACUAUGGGUUACGUUUACGAAACGUAUAAGUCUCGUGGAGCGAUUGAUUGCCAAAAAUCUACAAUUUUAUCAGCAAUAUACCUUCCUCCUUAUUCACUAAUGUUGAGUCCCAUAGAGGAAUUUUGGUCCAAGUUGAAGGCCGGUGUGGAACGAUAG